AUGACACUCGCGGAGCAGUGGGACGUCGACGAGGCGCAGCUCAAGGCGACGUGGCGCCGCAUGAUGGCUCUCACGCACCCCGACCGCAUGGGCGACAGGAGCAAGCGGGAGCAGCAGAUCGCGGAGCAGCAAAGUGCACUGGUCAACAAGGCGUACGAGACGCUGCGCAAGCCGCUCAGCCGCGCUGUCUACCUUCUCGAGAUGCAUGCCGGGUCGAGCAUCUCCGAAGCGGAUAGGCUGGACGACUCGGCUCUGCUAAUGGCGGUGCUGGAAGCGCGUGAGGCGCUCGAGGACGCGCAGACCGAGCCAGACGUCACGGCCUUGCGGCAGGAGAACGCCGAACGGCUCGCGCAGACCGUACACAAGAUUGGCGUGCGCUUCCGCGAGCGCGACGGCGCAACGGACUGGGCGGCGCUCAAGAAGCUGACGAUCGAGCUGCGCUAUUGGAGCAACAUCGACGACGCGUGCAGGGAGUGGCAACCGGGCAAACCAGUCAUGCUGCAGCACUGA